AUGGUCAGAUACCAUCAUGGGGCUGGUAAGAUUGAUGAGUUUGACGGUUGUCAUGGCAACCGUCUGUUUCGCCAGGGAUGCAAGAGUUGCCCGACAAGGUGUACUCAGCUUGCCGACGUAAUGUUUUUGUAUGACGGAUCCGAUUCCAUGACUGCCGAGAACUACAAACAAGAACAAGACUUCAUCAUUAGCAUCAUCAGAGAUUUCAAUCUGAACGCAGACACUGGUAUCAGAGCUGGGGCAGUCGUUUUCGACUCUUCCACCCAAGCCGUCGGUCUGGAACCCUUCAGGAACUUCUUCCAGUUGGCCGCGGCUAUCCGUUCCCUGACCCAUGAACAGGGUGGUACCUUCACCCAUCUGGGCAUCUCGGUGGUCCGUGACAUAUUUCGUAGAGAAGGACGACCAAACGUCCCUCAGAUCGUGAUCAUAAUGACCGAUGGACGGUCCAAGAACGGCACGGCCACCAGGGAACAAGCCAAUCUUGCCAAACAGGAAGGUAUCAGGGUGAUCACUAUCGGUAUCGGCACCCAGAUUGACACCUCCGAACUGUUCGCCGUGGCUUCCUCACCAGAGCUCUUCCUAAGAGUCGACAACUUCAACGCGCUCAAAGAUCUUACCCUUGACAUUGCCAAGGAAGUCUGUCCAACAACAACGACAACAACCACCACUACCACAACGACAACAACAACCACCCCUUUCCCACCAAAUCCAUGUGACGAUUGCCGAUUUUCCAACGGAAUAGCCUAUGCAAGACACGAGACGGAAUGUUACCUCUUCUACCACUGUGUCGGGAGCACCCGUCCCGGAAGUAACCAGAGAUUGAGGCCUUACGUCAAGCGAUGUCCGUGGGGACAGUUUUGGGACCAGGACGUCCUUACAUGCAGACCCGCGAAUCAGGUCAACUGCCCGACAGACAAAUGCAGUAUAGGAACGGUAAAUGCCUACGGUAUGACCACAUCUUGUCGGGGAUACUGGGAGUGUGACGGCCUGAGAACAGCUGUGGCAAGCUGCUGCGGGCUUAAUGAACGAUUUAUCGAGGGACGAGGCUGUAUUCCAGACCCCACCUGCAACGACGAUUGUCCCUACAAGGUCAACGACUUUAUCAAAGCAGAGUGCACUGGUUUGUUUCUACCUCAUCCUUUCGAUCAAACUAAGUAUCUAAUGCUUGGAUCUGACAUGGCAUAUCCUUGCCCUGAAGGUGUCGCCUUCUCCCCUACAGCUUGUAGUUGUUCCAUACGAAUCCCAGUUGCCGUACGACAAAAUGAUGCCGGGGAACCAUUGUGCGAGCCAGAUAUCUACCUGCCCUUCGACGUGGACUUCAAAGAUGUUUCUGGACAUUACCUCUCAACUACCCCUGACGGUAGAGUCAGGGUCGACAGAAACCCAUCUUUGGGAGCUAUAGGUGGUGGUACUGCUAGAUUCGACGGAGGAAAUAUCACCAUUUGGAAGUAUGCCAACGAUGAGCUGGGUGAUGUCUUUGCCAUCACUUUCCGCUAUAUGGAAGUCAGACUGGACCAUGUGCAGAGCAAGCCAGAAGCAAUUGUCUCCAACAGUGGCUGUCAGCAAAGAUGCACAGUGGCGGUCGCUCUCGAUAGAUCUACUGGAAUGGCAGAGGCUCAUUUACAAACCACCAGAACAGGCCGUUCAAUGACCGAAGUUCCUCAGGGGGUUCCUCAGGGGUGGAAGGACGUUUCCCUGGUAUAUGACGGCGCGGCUCUUACACUAAAGGUUAACGGAGUUGUGGAAUCAGUGGACUCCAAAGGUUACAUCAACCGAGCCUUGUCAGCUCUCCACUUAGGAAGCGCUUGUGAUGAAUUUGCCAGAUAUUACGGAUAUAUUGAUGAGUUCAGGGUUUACAAGGGAUGUCUUCCGGAAUUGUAA